AAAGCGCAAUUGCCCAAAUCAGCUGAAGUGCAUAUGUGUUAAAAGUUACAGAUAUCUAUUUUUUUAUGUAUAGUUCUAGUUAUUAAAGACUUAAUUUUUUCAUAAUGAAUUUUUUAAAAUAUCAGAACAUUUCUAACCGUAGUGUUAAUAUUGAAGUGCCUGUUACUACAGAUCCAAGGACUAAUAUUUUACAGAGUCUCUAUAAUCAGUCGAAUGAUGAGUUGUGGAUAGAAUCGUGGCUACAGCAAAAUAAUGUAUAUCAUCCCAUUCCCAAAAUUAAAAUUAAUAAAGCGUCAAAUGUAAUAGGUAUCCACGAAGCCCAAAACUCACUGAAAGAAUGCUUAAAAUUACUCGAAAAACUUAACAAAACACACAAAGACCUAGAAAGCCAAGUAGAUAGAAUGCCAUCUACAGAGUGGAAGCAAAAAACCGUUGAAAUCGGUACUAUCAAAGAUCAGUUUACAAGAAUCAUUUCUAAAUUCGAGUGCGGAGACGCCAUAUUCCGUUUGAAGAAAAGCAUCGACAAACGAAAGAAAAAGAGAGCGAAUCACAAGAAGAAGAAAGAAUUUAGAAGGCAGCAGAUGGACGAAAAGUUUCAAGCAAGGGAGAAACUUCAUAAAAGUAUCGACCAAUGGUUAGCUAAUAAGAAAGAAGACGAAGAAAAACUCAAAAUGGCAGAAGCUAUGCAAAAGGACGCUGACUGUGUAUUGUCGGAAGUAACAAAGAAAAAAUCCGAUGCUAGAAAACAAAUGGCACUUAUUGGCUCCCUAGCAAAAUUGAGGUUUAUUAGACAUCAUAUGGCGGUACAAAGGGGCGAGAAACUUUCUUUAGAAGAUCAGAAUGCAUUCAACAUAACUGUUUUAAAGUUAAAGAAUAUGUGGGAGUCAUCUCUUCAAGUGUAUGGCAAGGAAGAGCAAGGUUUAAGACUGAUGUUGGAAAAGAAUGCUACUGAAGAUACAAAAACGGCAAAAUUAUCUAAAAAACGAAGACUGUUGGAUGAAUGGCAUACAGUGUUUUUUGGACCUAAACAGUUGAUACCUCAAGAUCAUGAGACUUAUUGGGCUUUGACUGCCGCUGAAAGGGACACGGAAACGUUUAUUGCUAUAAGGAAAAGUUGGGACACAUUCCUAGUAUCUCCCACCAAUGAGAUGGGUUCGAAAAUUCCAGUUGGUUGGGUUUUACCAGAACCAAAUGAAGGUUGGGCGAAAUAUUUGUCAAAUACUUGAUCUGCAUUUAGAAUUAACCAAUAUUAGACAGCUUGUUUGCUUUUUUUUAUAAUUUAUUAAAAUAAAUAUGAUAGACCUGGAUCCCGCAUACAAAAAAAUUGAUUAAUAGCAAGCUGAAAAUUUGUUAAUAGCUUAACGGUGUCUAGUCGGACAAACUUUGAUGUAUGGGAACACUGGAACAGGGGAAAUUUUAAUUGUGGAACAGGUUAAAAACCUCCAAUCAAAGAACACGUCAAAUGACAGGAAUCAUGUUGGUUAGUAAUAGCAGUCUGAUUUUUGCAUGAGAGUUUAAUGAAAGGGUAACAAAUCAAUUGGAUGUUCUGUCCGAUAAAAUACAUGGGACGUUUUCUUAAUCUGACAUUCCAAAUUCUUAAACUGUUCCACAAUUAAAACAUCCCCUGUUCCAGUGCUCCCGUGUAUCAAAGUUUGUCCGACUAGACACCGUUAAGCUAUUAACAAAUUUUCAGCUUGCUAUUAUUCAACUUUUUUUUUUGGAACGCGAGAUCCAGGCCUAUGAGUCUCAUUUAA